AUUCGAUCGGUGUGACGCAAUCGGAGGCGUUGGCCGCUGUUCAGUGACAUUCCGUCCGAUCACCAGAAGCGGAGCUGACCUGUUGAAGACUUUUGUUGUUUAAUUCUUUCAGCACAGAUUGUAAUAACUUUCUAAAACACAAAGCAGCUCCAAAACAUUAAACGUAUCUCUGUAAACUCGUAGAAAUGAUCAAAAACGGACACUACGCUAACGAGGAUCAGAGCGGAGAAGCCGGUUGCAGUUUGCCGGGUACCUCCGCGUGUAGCCCGGAGAAAAGGAAGAGGGUGGUCCGGUUGUGGUGCGAUGGAUGCUACGACAUGGUGCACUACGGUCACUCCAACCAGCUGCGGCAGGCUAAGUCGAUGGGAGAUUACCUCAUAGUUGGGGUCCACACAGAUGCGGAGAUUUCCAAACACAAAGGUCCUCCGGUUUUCACUCAGGAAGAACGCUACAAGAUGGUCCGCGCCAUCAAGUGGGUGGAUGAGAUAGUUGAGGGAGCACCUUAUGUCACCACUCUGGAGACUUUGGACAAAUACAACUGUGACUCCUGUGUGCAUGGAGAUGACAUCACGCUAACCGUUGACGGCAAGGACACGUACGCAGAGGUUAAGAGUGCCGGGCGCUACAGAGAAUGUAAACGCACUCAGGGCGUCUCCACCACCGACCUGGUGGGACGAAUGCUGCUGAUGACCAAAGCCCACCACAGCAACAUGGAAAACACAGAUUACCAGCUCCACACUGACAACUUUGGAAAGGGUGCGACAGUCCACAGUCCGUGGACGGGGGUGUCUCAGUUCCUGCAAACAUCCCAGAAGAUCAUCCAGUUUGCCUCAGGGAAGGAGCCGCAGCCUGGAGACACCAUCAUCUAUGUGGCGGGAGCUUUUGAUCUUUUCCACAUCGGCCAUGUUGACUUCCUGGAGAUGGUUUAUAAGCAGGCGGAGAGGGCCUACGUUAUCGUCGGACUGCACUUUGAUCAGGAAGUGAACCGCUACAAGGGGAAGAACUACCCGAUCAUGAACAUCCACGAGAGAACUCUGAGCGUCCUCGCCUGUCGGUAUGUGUCAGAGGUGGUGAUUGGCGCUCCUUAUGCAGUGGGCAAGGACCUGUUGGACCAUUUCAAGGUGGAUUUGGUUUGUCACGGCAAAACCGAGGUGUUCCCAGACAAGGACGGGGUCGACCCGUACGCUGAGCCGMGGAGGAGGGGGAUAUUCAGGACCAUCGACAGCGGGAACAGUCUCACCACCGAUGACAUUGUGCAGAGGAUCAUCGCAAACAGGCUGCAGUAUGAAGCCAGGAACCAGAAAAAGGAGGCUAAGGAGAUGGCGGUGUUCGAAGCGAUGAAGAGGAGAGAACACCAGCAGCAGCAGCAGGAGGCACAGGAGGAUGAAACUGUGGCACAUUAACACGCCUGGACAGUUUUUAAUCUAGUUUAUGCAUCCAGGUACAACUCAGCUUUAAGGAGGAUGAUCCAGCAGGGCCAGCCUGUUUCAGAUCCUCUACACAAUCUCAGUUUUCAAAAAAAAAAAAAAAAAAAAAAAAAGAAUCAGCUGAAUUCUUUACUCCUCCAUUUCCUCCAAAGAAAACUUUGCUUUUCUCUGUGUUAGGUUUACUUUUUUUCUCCAUUUGAGUCACACACUACACGUAAAAGAAUGUUGAGUUUGGGAUUUUAUUCAUAACUUAUGAAAUGUUAACGUCGAUCUUUUAAGCGAAGGAGUUUUAACAUCAGUAAUGUAUCACCGUUAAUUUGUAGCUCUAGCUUUGUUUUUGUCCUCAUGGUAUUAAAAAAACCUCAGCUUUGUUUGAUAACUUGUGAAAUAGUGUGUCGAUUUUUAUCUGUGGAUUUUAACCACCUGAAUUUGCACCAAGUGUGACUGAAUGUGUGUCAGUGUGAGCGAGUGCAGACAGUAGAGAGGAACGUGAGCGUGUGUGAGAGGAACGUAGUGCCUCGAUCCUGAAGCUAUAAAUUAUUGUAAGGGCUGUUAGUUUCAGCCACUUCUGUCUCUGCAGCUGUUUGCUUUAAAUAAAUAACAUAUUUUCUUCCGUUUUUUAUGAGACAAUCCAAGGAAAGGAAAUAUUUUCAUUUUCAGACCUUAUCUGUUGUUUUCUUUUCACGGAGUUCUGUUGAUGUGAUCCUUGAAAACAAAAUGGUUGAAAYGUGGUGAGAUAUAAACUUACCUGGUAUUUUUUUUAAACGUUGGCACUUUUCGCAGCUUUUGAGUAACAACCUUUUUUKUGUGUGUGUAUAUUUCACUUUGUCAAAUAAAAUGAGUAAUCUGUGAAAA